AUGCCCGGCGGGUAUGGGUGGGACAGAGUGAUGGCCCGCUCACCGAGAGGAGCUCCAGGCCUGCGGUACAGCCAACUGGCACGGGCAGAACUGUUUUUCCCUCGAUGCUGCGCCGGCCGGCUAAGGGGGGAAAGCGCGAGGCAAAAAAAGUCUGAUGACUCCCGCCCACCAGAAAAGCGAAUCGACCGACCGACCGACCGACCGACCGACGACUCAUCCCCAGCAGCAGCACACAAGCGAUCGCACCGCACAGCACCCGCCCAGCGGCAGCGCCAGCAUCACACCGCAUUUGCUCCGGCUCUUGUUCCCAUCUUGCAUCAUCUCGAUCCUCGACGCUGA